AUGCCACAGGUUGUGAACUAUCUCAAGUCUGAGCCGGGCAAGCGAGUGCUGGUGGACUUUCCAGGUGAAUUUCGACUCAUCGGGGCUCUAUGGAAGCCUUCCGUGGAUGUUACACCUUUGGACACAGCGAUCCGUGGUCUCACCAGCGCGGGCAUGAAAAAUGCCCAACGCUAUAUUCGUUCCUAUGUUGCAGAGCGGGAAGAGCUUGGCUUUGCUGCAUUGCGUGCGAUGCUGUUUGACGUCACAGAGCAGGCCAAUGCCACGCACAAGACGUUCCACUUCGUGUGCAGCAUGAAUCGAAGAGCAUCAGAUCGAUUUGUAAACCUGCUCAAUCUGUUUCUGGAAAGUCAGCAGGCUUGCUGCGUCGCCAAAGGCGAUGAGCUGUUCCAGAUUCCGGAGGCCUUGAGGGCGCAGCUUUGCCCCAUGUUCCACCAGGUUGCCUGGUGGCGCAUCGACCAAUUGCAGGAGCAGUCUGCGCAAGACUUUGUGAAUGACUAUCAACGAGUGAACCUCCUAGAGAAUGGAGUCACUACUCGCCCCACAACGAAUGCACACUUUGACAUGCUGCGGCGGCUUCAGCGGUUCACAGCCGAGCAGGUGUUUCAGCAGUGUGCUUUGAGAGAGCAGGCAUUGUUUUCUGUGCCGAGGGACAAGUGGAAGGAUGUCAAUUGUGGGGAGCUGGAGCCUCUUAUUCCAGGUUGCACCACGCUCAGUGUGUUGUCCUUCAACCUGAACAUUCUUCCGUUCGGUGUGGCCUCCCUCCGGGGCCACGAGAGCCAGCACAGCAGCGGGCGGCUUCACGAGUUCCUGAAUCGCAUCAAGGCGGACCUGGAGACCGAGGCCAAAGCGACAGUCGGUCAGGACUUCAGGGCGCCAGACAUCAUUGCCCUUCAAGAGCUGUUUGCGUCUCCUUUCGUGCCCUGCUUUUGCGCACAAUCCUAUGCUGUAAAGACGAUGGCAUCGAUGGGUUACCAUGCGGUGAUUGGCCCAAAGCCGAACGUCAGAGACUUGAUCUGGCGAGGCAAAUGGACAGACAGCGGUUUGGUAAUCUUCAGCCGAUUGCCUGUGGCAGAGACACGUUCCAUCCGUUUUGAGUCGGGUGCUGCGCUGGAUGCUGGGGCUUGCAAGGGCGCCAUGUGGGCCAGGUAUGAGCUGGCCCCCGGCAGGUUUCUGGAUGUGUUCAAUUGUCACCUGCAAGCUUCUCACACCGGCAGUGACGCAGAGGUCUUUGAUCGCAUCAGAAGAUCCCAGCUGAAAGAGCUGCGAGAGUUUGUGCAGGUGGCAGGCACUGAGCAUCCGUACCUUCUCACGGGGGACUUCAACGUGGAUGCCAUCCCGGAACCCUCGGAUCCAAUGGGCACCUACGGCAUCCCCUUUCGGCCGCCGCGCCAGGAGAGUGAGGACUACCAGCGCCUGAUCUACGCCUUGGAUCCCAAGGGCCGCCUGGUGGACUUGCUUUGUGGCACCACGGCCGCAGACCCACUGGGCACGGAGUGCCUCUUCCGGCGCCACCCCUGCACUCGCCCCCCACGGCUGCGGAUGCCGUCCUCAGCCGGGUACGUGGCAAGGCACAAGUAUCCGCAGCGCCUGGACUACGUCUUCUACCGCCCCACGCUGAGCUCUUUGGUCGAGCACCACGCCUCGACGGUCGAGCCCUUUGAAGUAGCCAACGCGCCCUUUCAGUAUCUCAGCGACCACUUCGGGAUCCGGGCAACCUUCAGAUUCCGCUGCAGCUUUGCUUGGAUGCGCCAGCCCAAGAGCUCCAAGUUGAAGCCACGCCCCUUGCGACUGACACGCGCCUGGCAGGCCUUGUUCAAGCGAUGGCUAGAGGUUUCGUUGGGUGCUGCCUUUCUGGCCUCUUGGCGGAUUUGGCCCAGUCAAAGCAAACUUCCACCACUGUCAAGGCUCUCAGAUCAGCUGGGCGUGCCCACGCACACGCAACAACUGCUGUGCCAGGGAGCCAUCACGCUUGGCCUUGGCUUUGGCUUUUUGACUUUGCUACGCCGUAUGUGGGAUCAGCAAGCACCGCUCAUUGAAAGAACCAUGUCCGUGACGGCAGAACUGGCCAGCUCUGCAUUCAGAAAGCGGCUGAAAGCGCAGUCGGAAAGGCCGGCAAAGACGAUUUCAUCCAGCCCCUAUGACAGCUUCAACGGCUCAGUGGAGUCGUACCGGCUUCGGCCCUGUAUCGGACGUCGCACUGUUUGCCCUGACGGCACCUUGGGAGAUUACACCUGGAUGACUUACGGUGAUGCGCAGUUCGAAGUGCUUCGCAUCUCCUCUGGCCUGCAUCGAAAAUUCGGCAUGAAGCGUGGAUCGCAUGUGGGGCUAUUGGGCGAUGCAUCAGCUGACUGGCUUUUGUGUGACCUCUCUUUGAUGUGUUUGGGCGCCAACUCUGUGUGCCUGGCAGCCCCUGCCACGAACCCAACAGGCAGCACUGCUCCCGUGUCUAGCAGCCUCCAACAACUGGAGGUGCUGCUUUGCUCCUCCGACUGGGUGGAGUACUUUGUGGCUGCAGAUCGCCGCAUUGAUGAGAUGCCCUUCUGCCCCAUCGUGACCUUCACACCUUUGACGCCCAGGGUUGCGGCUUUGGCCCAGCACAAGGGCUUGCAGGUCUGGGACUUGCCUUUCAUUGCGCACUUUGGUGAAGCGACUGGCUGGGUGCCGUACAUCGGCGUGAGCGGCUUUGACGUGUUUACCACCAUGUACCGCUCAAGGUCAGGGACCAAGAGCGAGCUCGCCGGAGUGUCUGUGAGCUUGCGGGGCCUAGCUAUUUGCGCCCACUCGGUGCGUCAGUCCCUGCACCUCACCAGCGAGGACCGACACUUCAGCUACAUUUGGCCUGCCUUCACUGCAGAGCGCCUGAUGCUGCAUGCCGUGUUGGCAGCUGGAGGCGCCAUUGGCUUCUUCGGCGGGGUGCGCUCCCCACAGAUCUUUCAAGACAUUCGCCAGCUUCAACCCACCUUCCUCGUUGGCACUGCAAGCCUUUUCCGGAGGCAGAUCACUCGCCUGCAGCUGAAACAUGUCGGCCUGCUGGGCAACUUGAGCUAUGAGCUGCAGCGAUGGGCUCUGGAACGCAGCAAGAUGGACGAGGAGGACAGCGAGAGCGAGGACUCUUUUGUGAGCCGUGUGGCAAGGUGGUGCCUCACGCAGCCUCUCAGCCGAUGGUUGAAUCAGCCAUUUGUGCUACCUCGCCAAGUACUCCUGGGCUCCAAGACGCGGCUGCGUUUUGUGCUGGCGUUAUGUGGCGCCGGCACCACGGCCCUGCCGCCGGACCGCUGCUUGUGGAUGCGUCUGUUGCUGGGCUGCCCUGUGUUGAAGAGCUUUGUCUCAGUGGAGGCUGGCGGAAUGGUUACACUCGGGGAAGCUCCGUACUUCGGGGACACCUCAGAGGCUUUUGCGAUUGGUCGUGAGCUACCCGGUGUUCAGAUGGAUUUGAUUCCCAUCAAGCUGCCUGCAGGCCAUGGUCCACUCGAAGUCUUGGGCUCUAGCAAAGCUGGAAUCGAGCUUGGUACGCUGCACAUCAGCGGUCUUUGCACGGACGAGGCGCGGAUCGGCAUCGUGGUGGGCCGCCGGGAGCGCGAGCUCUACGUCUUCGGGCGGCUUGUGUCCUUACAGGAGUCCUGCGACAAGAAGGGCGCCCUUUGCGAAGCGCUUGAGCAGCUUCUGUUGCAGGUCACCAGGCCUUGGCUCAUGCAACUGCUGCUGGUGGCGAAGCCGCCGGGAGUGGUGGGCGUGGCCGCGGUGCGCCUGGAUGAGCUCUGGCGGCUGGCCAAGAUCUGCAACAUUGACGGGCCUUCCAACGGAGAGGACCUUUGCAGGGACCGCCGUGUCAUUGGACUCUGCCUGAACGAGCUGCAAAAACAUGGCGAGAGGUUUGGGUUCUCCGCGGCGGAAAUGCCUCGCGCGCUCCACCUCCAAGUCAUGCCAUUCUCUCUGGAGGCAGGACUGCAGACACCCACUUUCCAGCUGCGGAGGGACCAACUGCUUCCAAGAGUGGAGCGUAUCAUAGAGGAGCUGUAUGCCAGCCUGGACGCAUCUCCGAAGUCGGAGGAACCUAUCGUUGAUAGAGGUUUGCGGCGAGGGGUGCGAUUCCUUUUUGCAAAGAAAUCGUCUUUCGCGACACUGGAAGGCCUAUGA